UGACGGUUAUAAACAAGUAUCGAGAGUAACCAAACUGUCUUAAACUGACCAGGAAUUGUGUUGGAACCAAACAAGCAUCACCAUGGACACAGACUCCACCGUCAUAGAAGUCCUUGGGGUUCCAAGUAUACUCUCAGUGGAUCAGAUGAUUGACAAGCUGACGAUCCACUUCCUUCGGCCGCGGAAUGGGGGCGGUGAGGUGGAGAGAGUCGUAUACCCCGCUAGGAAUAGUGACAAGGCGUUUAUCAGCUUUGAGCUUCCAGAAGUGGCCACCCGUGUCCUGGAGCAGUCCCAUGUGCUGGAGGUGGAGGGUGGACGUUUUCCUCUGAAGGUCAGGCGGAUCCAUUGCCCUGAGGUGGACAUGCCUGUGAGUACCACCCUGGACCUGGGGAAGUUUCGGAGUCAGACGGCUGUCAAAGACAUUCUCACAAGACACAAGUUUGAGAUAUCCUAUUUGCGUUCUGGGCAGCUUCUCCUCGUGGGGACCUUCCUCAACCUAAAAGCUGCCAGGGUAAAACUGGGAGAACUGCUGCUGUCUAGGGAGGCCCAGUCACAGAGCUCACUCCUGGGGCCCCACUUCAGUGCCCACACUGCAGGGCCAGUGUCCAAAACAAAAGUCUCACCAGACUCUGCUGUGCUGAGCUACCAAAAUGGGGUUGCAGUGCAUGCUGGGAGAAAAGGUGUGGAAGAGACUCGGGCAGCUGCAGCUUCUUGGUCCUCCUCCAAUUCCACUUCAAGUCAGGAGUCGGGAGCUCCAUACAGCCCGCCCAGUUACCUAGGUGACACCCCAUCAAACUCCUCACACAGAAGACAGUACAUGGCCAGCCACUACCGUGAUAAGGUGUCCUUUGUCAUAGAUGCUAAUGCGCUCAGGUAUGCCCAGUGUUUUUAUGGAGAUGUGAUACAAGAGACCCUGCAGACUAACCGAGUAGAGAUGAAGUUGAAAGAUGCUGAGAAUUUAGAAGUCAGCACCAUUGUGCUUGUGGGUAGUAACCCUGAGAUUGCCAAAGAUCGGCUGGCAGCUUUUCUCAUGGAAGUCCAUAGACUUCUCCGCGUGCAGGAAAUCCCUCUGGCCUCACUGACCCAGGAGCAGCGUGUACAAUUGGACAGGCGCAUUCGGAUACACAGAGACGUAUAUAAGGUGCUGGUACAACAAGUAGGGGACACCCUCCAGCUGUUGGGCCCCUCCAGUGACAGUUAUGAACUGAAGCAGAGGAUUCUGGGAGAAGAGGUGAGUUUGCCCACAUCCAGGCGAGAGGGGAGGGCUCUAGAGCGAAGCAGAGUGGUCAGAAGGAGUUCCUCGUUGCCCCGGCAACUCAGCAAGGCAGGCAGCAUAGACUCUGAGCCCAGAUCUACGGUGGAUCAGGGGCAUUCUUGGGUGGGGCGCGGGGAAAGAACCCCCAAGCCCGCCUCACCCGUGAUGCGCAGGACGAGAACCAACUCUGAAUCUAACACCAAGGUGAAGGACGACAGAUCUGUGCAAGGACAAGCGCAUUAUGACAAAUUGCACUCUAGUGGGACUCCCAGGGCAGAUGAGAAGCCCAAAUCAAAAGAAGGUAUCCCAUCAAUUACCCAACCACUCUUACUUUUGAAGAAUAAGCUGUCACUUAAGAAACCAACCAAGUAAUACCUUGAGAGCAGAUAGAGCUGUAUGUGCACAGAGGUUAGAAAUGAUCAGAUCAAUAUAACUUCCUUCAAUGUCAGCAGAAUUUCAGGCACUGUAAAGCAAAACAAAUGAAUCCUGUGGAGCUAUUAUGUCAUAAAUUGACCAUCUUUUAACCAGCUUACUCAUUGAUGCAUG